GGGAGCAUCAGCUGUUCACUAUUGUCAAAAUAACGUUCAGCAAAUUUUUAGUUUGUUAAACAUGUUAUAUUAAAUACUUAACUUAAAUAUUCAACACUUUUUGAGAAAUAAGCUAGCUUACAUAGAAAUUUAAUCGGGAAGUCUAUUACCUUCAAAAGAAACUUAAGAAAUAGAAGAUAUAGACUGAUAUUUACAAAAGAUUUAAAGACAGCAGGCUUCUAACUGAAGAUGGCUGCCAAAAAAGAUUUGAAUAUUGGAGAUCUGGUUUGGGCCAAGAUGAAGGGUUUUCCUUUAUGGCCAGCCAAGAUAGUAGAACCUCCUACAGAUAGAAAAUCUACUCCUAAAAAGUCACGUCAUUAUGUAUUCUUUUUUGGAAGUCUAAAUUAUUCAUGGAUACAAGAUGAAAAUAUUGUCCGUCAUUCUGAAGAAAUGCUACAGUCUACUUCCAGUAAGAAAAAAUCAACCCUUUUAAAAUUAGCAAUAAAACAAAUCAUUGAAGAAGCACCCAAACAAGCUAAAUCACUAGUCAAAGAAAAUAAAUAUCCUGAGAAGUCUUCUGAAGUAUUGACAAGUGGUAUUGAAAAGGAAAUUGCUAAAGUACAAAGAAAGAAAGUGAAAACUGAAAGACAAGAACAAUUCAUUGAAGAAGCACCCACACAAGCUAAAUCACUAGUCAAAGAAAAUGAAUCUCUUGAAGCAUUGACAAGUGGUACUGAAAAGAAAAUGGCUAAAGUACAAAGAAAGAAACUGAAAACUGAAAGCCAGGAAGUUUGCAAGAGGAUUUUACCUAAACGACGUUGUAAGGAUAAAUCAGAAUAUGAAAGAACAGGAAUUACCAGCACUGAAUUUCAGCCAUUUCCUACUUUUGAUUUACAUAAACCCAAUGAAACCAGAAAAGCACAAAUUGUCAUACCAUCUCAAAAGAAGAUAGGAUUUAUUGGUCUCGGAAUGAUGGGUCAAAGGCUUGUUAAAAAUCUGCUUACUUCCAAUCACAAGGUCACAGUUUGGAAUCGAACCCCUGAGAAAUGUGUAGAUUUUGCUAAAGUUGGAGCUGAGCUUGCACAGACUCCAAGUGAUGUGGUUGAAAAUUGUGACAUAAUUUUUUGCUGUGUUUCUGGUCCUGAGGCCUCAAAAAGUGUGGUUUUUGGAAAAUGUGGCAUUCUGUCAGGUCUUGAAAAGUCGCCACCUGGAUCAAAAAGUUAUGUUGAAAUGACUACAUUGGAUCCAACUACUUCAAUAGACAUUGCAGAAGCUAUAAACAUUGCAGGUGGAAGAUAUCUUGAAGCUCCUUUCAGUGGAUCUAUAAAAAAUGUAGAAGAUGGAAAUAUGUUAAUUUUGUGUGCAGGCGAAAAGGAAGUUUUUUACUCUUCUUACAGUUGCUUAGCUACCUUUUCAAAUAUUAUGCAUUAUCUUGGCUAUGAUGUUGGCAAAGCUUCUAAGAUGAAUCUGAUUCUUAGUACAUUUGUGGGAGUAUCAUAUGUUGCCUUGGCAGAAGCCAUGGCACUUGUUGAGCAUUGCAAUCUUUCUCAGGUUGACUUCUUAGAAAUUAUGGAACUUGGACCAAUAUGUUCACCUCUUCUUACAGAAAAAGGGGAAGCCAUAAUAUCACGUAUCUUUAAAACUAAUAAUUCUCUUAAGUAUCAACAAAAAGAUAUAACUUUGGCUCUUACACUGGAUAAUGACUGUGGACACCCAAUGUCAGUCUCGACAGCAGCAAAUGAAGUGUUCCAACGUGCUAAACUUCGAAAUUAUUCUGACCAUGAUGUAUCUGCUGUUUACAUGGGAACUAAGUAUUAGUGUCAGUUCAUUGUUUUGCUAUACUAUGUUAUAUGCCUGAAGGAAAAUUAUGUUUUUUUAUCCCAA